AUGAACUCCCUGACAGCAACGGCGCCCCUCAGGGUAGCCCUACCGAAGGCAAGCCUUCGCUUUACCAUGCGCAGCAACCCAGGUGUCGUUAUCAUAACUGGCCUCCGGUGUGGUAGCUCGACCUUGGGACACAACUACUAUCAGCAAACACACAACAAGCGAUUCAUCUCAACGACACAGAAACAGCAGAUCAAGGAGUUCUUCCCCCCGCCCAAGGCUCCGCAUGUCAAGGAGGUGGAGACUGCUUGGGUCCACCCAGUCUAUACGGAAGAGCAAAUGAGCCAAGUCACCAUUGCCCACCGCGACGCCAAAGAUUGGGCCGACUGGAUCGCCCUCGGCACCGUGCGUGUGCUGCGAUGGGGAAUGGACUUGGUGACGGGCUACCGCCACCCUCCCGCCGGCAAGGAACACGAGGCCAAAUUCCAGAUGACAGAGCAAGCCUGGCUGAGACGGUUCGUCUUUCUGGAGAGUGUGGCAGGUGUACCGGGCAUGGUUGGCGGCAUGUUACGCCACCUGCGAAGCUUGCGGCGCAUGAAGAGAGACAACGGAUGGAUCGAAACACUCUUGGAGGAAGCGUACAAUGAGCGGAUGCAUCUCUUGACCUUCCUCAAGCUGGCCGAGCCGGGCUGGUUCAUGCGCCUCAUGGUUCUUGGAGCCCAGGGCGUCUUCUUCAACGGCUUCUUCCUUUCCUACCUCAUGUCGCCGCGCAUCUGCCACCGGUUCGUGGGCUAUCUCGAAGAGGAGGCAGUGAUCACGUACACGCGCGCAAUCAAGGACAUCGAGACCGGCAAGCUGCCGCAUUGGGAGAAACUAGAGGCCCCCGAGAUUGCGGUGCAGUACUGGAAGAUGCCGGAAGAGCAGCGGACGAUGCGGGACCUUUUGCUGUAUGUACGAGCCGACGAGGCCAAGCAUCGGGAGGUCAAUCACACUUUGGGGAACCUCGACCACGCGACAGACCCGAACCCGUAUGCGGCCAAGUACAAGGAUCCCUCGAAACCGCAUCCCAACAAGGGCAUCGACAAUCUGAAAGCCACAGGCUGGGAGCGGGAGGAGGUGAUCUAA